AGAAAAGAAAAAGAAGGAAGGUGCUCAGAAAAAGGCUGCUGAUCAAAAAACCAAAGUGCCAGAACCUACUAAGACCUGUCCAGGCCAGCCCCAACCUGCCGGGACCAGUUCCAGUACUUCCACCAGCACUCUCUCCAGCAGCAGCAAUGGCAAACGUGCGUCCGCCGGCGGCCAGCAGCCAGCUGCAUCCCGUUACCUGCCUCGCGAGGUGCCUCCCCGCUUCCGCCAGCAAGAACAGAAGCAGCUGUUAAAGAGAGGUCAGCCACUGCCCACCGGGGCUCUGACCAGCGGGAGCCCCACCCAGGGUGCAGGGUCUGCGGGGCUGAGCCCUCCCCCGCUGCCUGGAGCCGGAGCACAGCAGCACCCCAGCAAGCCCCAAGCAGAUCUCGGUCACAGUGGACUGCCCGAUCAUUAUGACAGUUCGCCCUGGGGACAGCCGCCCACCUACAGAAGCGAAGCGCCCUGCAGCUGGGAUAAGGUGAUCGUCGCCAGGACUGACACGGAGGCGUGGCCUUCCCUCACCGGAGCAGAGACGGAGUCUGCCUCAGAAUGCACCACGGACACUGACUCUGCCUCCAACUGUGGCUCGGAGAACAGUAGCAUGGCUACAGGGGGUGCCCAGGGCGGCUUCACUGGACAGACCAAGAAGCCCACCGGCAAUAAUGGCACCAGCGGCGCCCUCAUCCACAGCCCUCCCGGCCAGAGUGCCCUCGGAGCGGGGGCAGCGAACAGCGGUGGACCUGCGGCCAGGGCGUGGGGCGUUGCCGCGGGCCCCGGCUCUGGCCUGGCUCACUGCCCCCUGGGCGGCGGGGAGGGGAAGCUGGCCAGCGUGAUCGGAGAUGGGAGGGGUCAGAACUGCUGGGGGGCUUCCACCUCCGGCGCCAGCAUUAACCUUAACCUUAACCCCAAUGCCAACCCAGCUGCCUGGCCUGUACUUGGACACGAGGGGACUGUGGCGACAGGCAACCCUUCCAGUAUUUGCAAUCCAGUCAGUGCCAUAGGUCACAACGUGGGCACCCAGAACGGGAACCCAGCGGGCACUUUAGGUGCUUGGGGAAACUUGCUGCCGCAGGAGAGCCCAGACCCACCCACGUCCACCUCUCCGAGUGUGUCUUUCAGCGUUCCACCUCAGAACCUUAACACUGAUGGACCAACUAACACUAACCCCGCGAGCGCUUCUCCAAACCCCGUCAAUGCAGUGCAGGCGAACGGCCUGCCAAACUGGGGCAUGGCGGUCGGCGUGGGGGCCAUCCUCCCGCCCCACCUGCAAGGCCUUCCUGGUGCUAACGGAUCGUCAGCUUCUCAAGUCAGCGCGGGUGGGGGCGAAGGAGUCAGCACUUCUGUGUGGGGCCUGUCCCCAGGCAACCCCGCCCCAGGAAAUAGCAGCUCUGGGUUCAGUCAGGGGAAUGGAGACACUGUGAACGCAGCAUUAAGUGCUAAGCAGAACGGAUCCAGCAGCGCUGUGCAGAAGGAAGGAAACGGAGGGAACGCGUGGGACGCGGGACCUCCUGCUGGUCCCGGAAUCCUCGCCUGGGGCAGGGGCAGUGGCAGCAGUGGCGUCAGUAACAUCCAUUCAGGAGCUUGGGGCCACCCCGGCCGAAGCACCGCUGCCAACGGCGUGAAUGGGGAGUGGGGCAAGCCCCCGAACCAGCACUCCAGUAGCGACGUCGGUGGGAAAGGAUCCGCAGGGUGGGAUGGUCCAAGCGCUGGCAGCCAGAACCCUGCCGCGCCGCCCGGCAGCGAGCACGUGACCUCUUGGGCCAAAGCCGCCUCUUCUGGAACCACGGCAAGUGAAGGAAGCAGCGACAGUUCUGGCGGUCACGGCGAAGGGGGCACUGGGAGGGAGGGAGCAGAAGGCCGAAGGCGAGACAAAGGGACGCUAGACCAAGGGCACCUCCAGUUGCCAAGGAGCGAUCUUGACCCAAGGGUUCUGUCCAAUACUGGUUGGGGACAGACUCCAGUAAAGCAAAACACUGCCUGGGAAUUUGAGGAAUCCCCUAGGUCUGAGAGGAAGAGUGACAAUGGGACGGAGGCCUGGGGCUGUGCGGCUCCUCCGCCUUCACACUCAGGGGGGAAGAACGAUGGGUCCAUCACCAACAGUACAAAUACCUCUUCAGUAUCUGGGUGGGUCAGCUCACCCCCUGCUGCUGUGCCAGCAAACACAGGCUGGGGAGACAGCAGCAGCAAAGCGCCCAACGGCCCGGGGGUCUGGGGGGACGCGAUAAGCUCUACUGCUGUCACUAAUGCUGCUGCUGCCAAGAGUGGCCACGCCUGGGGCGGGACCGUAAGUCAGGAGGACAAGUCACCCACCUGGGCCGAGCCUCAGAAACCCAGGUCUCAGAACUGGGGAGAGGGACCCAAGUCGAAUCCCGCCUGGGGCGCAGGUGGCGGGGACUGGGCGGACUCGUCCUCUGUGCUGGGACACCUGGGGGACGGGAAAAAAGGCGGCUCCGGAUGGGAUGCUGACGGCCCUCGGUCAGGGUCCGGGUGGAGUGAGGCUCCGCGGUCCGGGCCCGGCGGCUGGGGCAAUGGCACACACGCGAAGGUGAAUCCAGGGACGAGCUGGGGAGAGUCGUUAAAGCCUGGCCCCCAGCAGAGCUGGGCGAGCAAACCCCAAGACGCCAGCGCCAGUAACUGGGGGGGCGCCGCCUCCGUUAAACAGACAGGAACAGGGUGGAUCGGGGGCCCGGUCCCUGUCAAACAGAAGGACAGCGGUGAGGCCACGGGCUGGGAAGAACCUUCCCCGCCCUCCAUUCGACGCAAAAUGGAAAUUGAUGACGGUACCUCAGCUUGGGGCGACCCGAGCACCUACCACAAUAAAACUGUAAACAUGUGGGACAGAAACAACCCGGGCAUCCAGAGCAGUGCCGCGGCCAGCACCGCCACCGCCACCACCACCAUGAGCAACAGCGCCAGCGCGGCCGAGGCGCCCCCGGCACACCAGGCCGGCGCCCAGCUGAACCGGUCGCCGCUGCUCGGUCCAGUUCCGUCAGGCUGGGGAGAAAUGCCUGCUGUUCCUUCGAAGGCGGAGAGCUCCUGGGGAGCCACAUCCCCGCCUCCCGCCCUGGUGGACAACGGCACGGCCGCCUGGGGCAAGCCGCCCAGCAGCGGCAGCGGGUGGGGAGACCAGCCCCCCGAGCCCACGGUGACCUUCGCAAGAGCCGGCGCCCCCACCGCCGCCCCAGCCCUGUGCAAACCAGCUUCAAAAUCUAUGCAAGAAGGCUGGGGCAGCGGCGGGGACGACGCGAACCUCGGGGCCAGCCAGUGGGAAGACGAGGACGGGGGCGUGUGGAACAACGCCGCUUCCCAGGAAAGCGCCUCCUCCUGCAGUUCCUGGGGGAACGCCCCCAAGAAAGGACUCCAGAAGGGCCUGAAACCAUCUGGCAAGCAGGACGAGGCUUGGAUCUUGACCCGGCUGAUCAAACAACUCACAGACAUGGGCUUCCCGAGAGAGCCGGCUGAAGAGGCCUUGAAGAGUAAUAAUAUGAAUCUUGACCAGGCCAUGAGCGCUCUGCUGGAAAAGAAGGUGGACGUGGACAAGCGUGGACUGGGAGUGACCGACUACAACGCGAUGGUCCCCAAGCCCCUUGGCUGCCGCCCGCCAAUCUCCAAAGAGUCUUCCGUGGACCGCCCCACCUUCCUUGACAAGGACGGCGGCCUCGUGGAAGAGCCCACGACUUCACCAUUUUUGCCUUCACCAAGCCUGAAGCUCCCCCUUUCCAACAGUGCACUCCCCAGUCAGGCCCUGGGCGGGAUGGCCUCAGGGCUGGGCAUGCAAAACUUGAAUUCUUCUAGACAGACCCCGAGUGGCAAUCUGGGCAUGUUUGGCAGCAGCGGAGCCGCACAAGCCAGGACCACGCAGCAGCCGCCACCGCCGCCCGCGCAGCCCCUGAGCUCCUCCCAGCCCAGUCUCCGCGCUCAAGUGCCUCAGUUUCUAUCCCCUCAGGUUCAAGCACAGCUUUUGCAGUUUGCAGCAAAAAACAUUGGUCUCAACCCUGCACUAUUAACCUCGCCAAUUAAUCCUCAGCAUAUGACGAUGUUGAACCAGCUCUAUCAGCUGCAGCUGGCAUACCAACGUUUACAGAUCCAGCAGCAGAUGUUACAGGCCCAGCGAAACGUUUCCGGACCCAUGAGACAACAGGAGCAGCAAGUUGCGCGCACAAUCACUAACCUGCAGCAGCAGAUCCAGCAGCACCAGCGCCAGCUGGCCCAGGCCCUGCUCGUGAAGCCGCCGCCGCCGCCCCCGCCACACCUGUCCCUGCACCCCUCUGCAGGCAAAUCGGCCCUGGACAGCUUCCCCCCCCACGCCCAGGCCCCCGGCCUCCCCGACCUGCAGACCAAAGAGCAGCAGUCUUCACCCAACACCUUUGCUCCCUACCCGCUCGCUGGACUGAAUCCAAACCUGAAUGUCAACAGCAUGGACAUGACUGGUGGUUUGUCCGUGAAGGACCCGUCUCAGUCCCAGUCCCGCCUCCCUCAGUGGACACACCCCAGCCCGAUGGACAGCUUACCCGGUGCUGCUUCUCCGCUCGACCAGAACCCCAGCAAGCAUGGUGCUAUCCCUGGAGGCCUGAGCCUUGGGCCUCCAGCUAAGUCCUCCAUCGAUGACUCCUACGGCCGGUACGAUCUGAUGCAGAACAGCGAGUCGCCAGCCAGCCCUCCCGUAGCUGUUCCCCACAGCUGGUCGCGUGCCAAAUCCGACAGCGAGAAAAUCUCAAACGGCUCCAGCAUCAACUGGCCCCCAGAAUUUCACCCUGGAGUUCCAUGGAAAGGACUUCAGAACAUAGAUCCCGAGAAUGACCCUGACGUCACUCCUGGAAGUGUCCCCACCGGGCCGACCAUCAACACCACCAUACAGGACGUCAACCGCUACCUCCUCAAGAGCGGAGGGUCCCCCCCACCACCUCAGACCGCCACGCCGCCUUCCCUGAGUGCCCGGCCGCUGGGUGCCUCCGGCUACAGUCGCUCCCUCAGCAGCAUUGCGCCCGCGCCUGGUCUCACAGGUAAACUGUCAGACAUGAAGUCGACGUGGUCAUCUGGCCCUGCCUCCCACACGCAAGCCUCUCUGUCCCACGAACUGUGGAAGGUGCCCAGAAACACCACUGCGCCCACGAGGCCACCUCCAGGGUUAACCAACCCCAAGCCCUCCUCCACUUGGGGAGCCAGUCCCCUCGGCUGGACCAGCUCUUACUCCUCGGGUUCGGCCUGGAGCACUGACACCUCAGGAAGGACAAGCAGCUGGCUCGUUCUCCGCAACCUCACGCCCCAGAUCGACGGCUCCACCCUGCGGACGCUGUGUUUGCAGCACGGGCCUCUCAUCACCUUCCACCUGAACCUGACUCAAGGCAACGCCGUGGUCCGGUACAGCUCCAAGGAGGAAGCCGCCAAGGCCCAGAAGUCCCUGCACAUGUGUGUCCUGGGAAACACCACCAUCCUGGCCGAGUUCGCUGGCGAAGAAGAAGUGAACCGCUUCUUAGCGCAGGGCCAAGCACUGCCGCCCACCUCCAGCUGGCAGUCCAGCAGCGGGACCGGCCAGGCGCGGCUGGGCGCCUCGGGCGGCUCGCACGGCCUGGUGCGGAGCGACGCCGGCCACUGGAACGCCCCGUGCCUGGCGGGCAAGGGGAGCAGCGACCUGCUGUGGGGCGGGGUUCCCCAGUACUCGAGCAGCCUGUGGGGCCCCCCCAGCAGCGACGACGGCAGGGUCAUCGGCAGCCCCACCCCGCUGAACACUCUGCUUCCCGGCGACCUUCUCAGCGGGGAGUCCCUCUAGCCCGAGAGGCCGCCGUGGGCGCCACCAUCAUCAGCACUAGGAAGACCCGCUGACCCUUUCCAGUCCGGGCGUCGCCGAGGACGCGGCAGCCCUUCCGAGUACCUCUGUCCAGUACUGAAGACGAGCCUCGGCCUCAGUCCUUGCGAACUGUUCCCGAGACAGUGCGGGCUGUGCUGGGCCCGUGUCGCGCGUGGCGACAGGAUGCUUCUCACAGCUUUUCGUUUUGUGUCGUCUUAUGUGUGUAUGGUGUGUUGUCCUUUUGAUUUUUUUAAGUAUAAAAGCUGCUUAGAAUAGUUCUAUCAUGAAGGGCACUUUGCAGAUUGUGGGCUGGAAAGGGUUAUUUUAUCACGGGGGGGGCGGGGGGCGGGGGGCGGGAGACGGGAAAGCCUAUUUAAGACGAGCCUGUGACGAUUAUGCACAUUCCCAGGGGCGGAGCCCGCCGUCGGGGAGCUGGCGUCCAUCGCGCCCGGCGGGCCUGGCGGCCCGGACCAGUGAGCCGCGCGGAAGGAGCGGUCUGCCAUCUGCUCCCUGUCCCCACGGAUCCGCCUAUGCACAUUACCCUUGUUUCAUUACUUUUUCAUGUCAUUUUUUUAUCCCAAAAAAUAUUUUUUAAAAGUUAAAAAAAUAGACAUAUCAAACAUGCAAAUACUUGAAUCCAGCAGGCCAAUAACGAAAUGUGAACACUUUCUACGUCGAAUUCUCCACUUCCAGGUUGACACCAGUACGCAGAGACAGGCUCUAGGAAACAUUUCUAAGUUCACAGCCUCUGUGUGUGCGUGUGUGUGCGUGUGCGCGCGUGCGUGUGCGUGCGUGUGCGUGUGUGGGAACCGAAGCGCGUGUGCGUAUGCAGGUGUGUGCGCGUUUUCUGUGUCCGUGUGUUAAGUGUGUGAGAGAUUUAACUGUGGAUUUUCCCUUUUAUUCAGUAUGUGCUCUUUUUUUUCUUUUUCUUUUUCUUUUUUUUUUUUUGGCGCAUUGGUCAAAGGUUUGUUAUUAUUAUUAGCUUCUAACUUUGCACUGAGUGUCCCUGCCCUUCCUUUAGCUAAUCCUAUACAUUAAAGAGAAUUCUUAGGACAGGGCCGGUGACAAUUCAUGUGUAAAUGUUUACUCAAGGACUCUGUUAUUGCGUUUAAAAAUUACAGUGUAUAUCUCUGGAGAAAUAAUAUGUAUACCUACCUUUAGCAGCUUUUUAUUGUGGACUAAUGCAAGAAAAUUAUUACCAGAGUAUUGCACCAUUUUUGCCAUUUGGAAUAUAAAGUUAAAGAGAAAAAAAACUCUUGUUGAACUGUGGCCAUAGAUACUUGUGGAGGAUGGAUGGUUCCUCGGGAGGAACGGGAACAAGCACUUGGACGUGGGUUGUGACUGCUUUCGGAGGAGCCCGUGGUGAGGGCUCCCACCUGUUUACAGACCUUUUUUUCUCCUUCAGACUUUAAAAUUAAAAAAAAAAAAAAUUAAAAAAGGAAUUAAAAAAAAAAAAAGACUUCCGUCGUAAAGAAAGCUAUUUUCAGAAGCAGGUCCGCUCCUUCAGAGCUCUGGGAUUGAGCAGUGUUGUUUUCCCUCCGGCCAUCGUCGUGGACUCUGUCCACUGUCCCUUCAUCGAGGGGACGAGUGGUGGUCACUGUCUUGCACACGCGGAUGCGCUCUCAGGAAAGCCAGGGUUCCCGAGGGGCAGCUCCACACCAUUUCAUGUAUUUUGUAACCCAACUUCUAGCACUGAAGAUGUUAUUAAAAAAACAAGCAAACAAAAAACAAAGAAAAAAAAAAGAAAAAAAGAGGAAAAAAAAAAACCACAAAGAAGAAAGAUACCUAAUCUCUAACGUGUAGCAGUUAACGUAUGUACCAAAUAACGGACUCAAAGGAAAUAGAUGUUCGAAGAGUGCUUUAUAUAUUAAAAAUUGCUUUAUGUUUUAAAAAUGAUCAAUGUUUUGAUUGUUUUUGCAAGAAAGACAGACAAUGGAGUAACAUACCCUCAAGUAUGUUUAAAAAUAUAUAUAUAUGAACAUUGUGCUCCCUGCCUGCUUGAUCAGGAAACUUGUGCAUUACAUUUUUUUUAAUUAGCUUUUUAAUGGUUUUAUCAAAACAAAACAAGAAAAAAAAAAACAAAAAAACAAAAAAAAAGAAAAGGAAAAAAAAAGUUCCUGCAAAAUUGCAGAUCCACAAAAGCUGGUUUUAUAGAGGAUCAUGAACUAUGCACAAACUGGUUCCAGACUUUUUUCUCAAGUUCGGUAGUGUAUUUAGCUAAACAGACCUUCCUCAGAGUAACUGCAUCUCAUUGCCUAUUCACGCACUCUGUAUAUUUGGUGUCCACGUCUCUGCAAACGUACAUCAAAUAUAGGUGCGUGCGUGUGUGCGUGCACCCAGCUUCCCAAGCUGCAUUUAGCAUCGAGUUGUAGAAAACUCCUGAUAUUUUUAAAUUGGGGAUGGAAGUAAAGAAUCUGUUUGUUUGUUUCUGUUUUUUUUUGUUGUUGUUGUUGUUGGGGUUUUGUUUUGUUUUGACAUUUUAUUUUGAAUUAAAGACGUCUGUAACUCUGAGAUUAAAAACCGAGUUUGUGGCUUUUAAUGUUUUUCCUCAUAGAAUGUGAUUGUUGAAGAAAAUGCACCGACAGUUGCUUUCAAAAGUACAACGCUUUGUUGAAUCUUAAUAAAUUGCAAUUUUUUUCUUGGCUGUUCGAAUACCUGUGUUUUUUAUUUUUCAAAGACAGAUGUCAUCCAUAUUCACUUUGCAUGUGUUGGGAGCGAGACUUGUCCUUCUGUGUGUAAGAAAUUCCCUGUCUUUUUGUGUUAGCCUCAGAGUUUGCAUUUAUAAUUAAAUAAACUCCAAGUUUCCGUU